AUGGAGAUCGUCUAUGUUUAUGUGAAGAAGCGCAGUGAGUUCGGACGACAGUGCAACUUUUCUGACCGAGCAGCAGAGGUCAACGUGGAUAUUCUUCCAGAUGCAGUGCAAGCUAUGAAUUUUAUAGAAAAAGACCCUAUUGAUACUGCAGUGCAGUGUGCAUGUAACAUGUCAGAGCAUGAGGUUAACACAGAACGGUUUCAGAUGGAAACUCGGGGCAUUAACCACGUAGAAGGUGGCUGGCCUAAAGAUGUGAACCCCCUGGAAAUGGAACAGACAAUUCGCUUCCGGAAAAAAGUUGAAAAGGAUGAGAACUACAUUAAUGUCAUCACACAGCUUGGCAGCGUGAUGGAGCACUGCAUCAAACAGAACAAUGCCAUCAAUAUCUAUGAGGAGUACUUUGAGGAGGAGGAGGCAGCAGGGAUUACUGAUGAGCCUCCAUCAGCAAAAACUAUAAAUGUUUUCAGGGACCCAAACUUAGUGAAGAGAACAGCCACACAUCUUUCCUGGCAUCCUGACAGAAGUCGGAAACUGGCAGUAGCUUAUUCCAGCCUAGAGUUCCAGCGGAGUUCGAGAGACAUGAGCUAUGACUCCUAUAUAUGGGAUCUAGAAACCCCCAACAAACCAGAAAUGAUUAUCCGGCCCUCCUCACCUCUGGUCUGCUUGGAAUACAACCCCAAAGACUCGCAUAUCCUGAUUGGAGGAUGCUACAAUGGACAGAUUGCUUACUGGGACACCCGAAAGGGAGCUCUGCCUGUGGAGCUGACCGCGGUUGAACUUGGCCACCGGGAUCCUGUGUACAAUGUAAUCUGGCUGCAAUCAAAGACUGGAACUGAUUGUUUCUCUGGCUCCACUGAUGGUCAGGUCUUGUGGUGGGACAUUCGUAAACUCUCUGAGCCCACUGAGACAUUGGUAAUGGAUAUCAGCAGGAAAGGAAUCUUGGAAAAUGCUUUAGGAGCCAUUUCACUGGAGUAUGAGCCAACCAUGCCAACCAAAUUUAUGGUGGGGACAGAGCAAGGGGUGGUGAUUUCCGGCAACCGCAAAGCCAAGACUCCUGCGGAAAAAAUUGUCAGCACGUACAGUGGACACCAUGGCCCCAUAUAUGCCUUGUCUAGGAAUCCUUUCUACCCCAAGAAUUUUUUGACAGUUGGAGACUGGACUGCACGCAUCUGGUCAGAAGAGAGCAAAGAGUCAUCAAUCAUGUGGACCAAAUACCACAUGUCUUACCUCACAGAUGGGUGCUGGAGUACCACUCGGCCAGCUGUCUUCUUUACCACCAAGAUGGAUGGGACCCUUGAUGUUUGGGAUUUCCUCUUCAAACAGAAUAACCCUACCCUCAACCUGAAGGUCUGUGAUGACCCUCUCUUCAGUCUACGUUUGCAGGAUAAUGGCCGUUUUAUUGGCUGUGGUUCCAAGCUGGGCACGGUGACACUGUUGGAAGUUUCUUCGUGCCUGUGCACUUUGCAGCGGAAUGAGAAGAACCUGGCUUCAGCAAUGUUUGAGCGAGAGACAAAGCGAGAAAAGAUUCUGGAGGCCCGGCACCGUGAAAUGCGGCUCAAGGAGCGAACCAAAACGGAAGGCAAGGAGGAAGAGGUCAAGGAAGAAACAGAGGAAGAAAAGCCUGAGGAAAUCCUGGCCCGAGUCCGGAAAGAGUUCUUUGAUGUCAUUGAAAAUGAGCUCAAGCGCAGGGAACGAGGUCGAGCUAAAUCAGUGGCAGACCAGGAUCGGGAGCUUGAUGAUGAUGAUGAUGAUGAUGAUGAUGAAUUCCUUCCUAAGGAAAAGGAAGAAGAGGAGUGA